AUGGCAGAACCCAUAGGCUUGGCUUCAGGGCUGCUGGCUUUGGCUACCUUCGCCUUCCAGUCUAGCAUCACCCUUUACAACACGGUCCAGAGUUUUCAAUCUCAUCCCGCCCGUGUACGCGAUCUCCUAGAGGAGCUUCAGGCUUUGAACGGUGUUCUGGGGCCGCUCACCGAAACAGUCGGUACCAUCACUGAUGUCGACCUCUCUGCGCUCGAUCUUCCUUUACUACGAUGCGGCAAUUCCUGCAAAGAGUUUGAGCAGGAAAUCAAGAAAUGUUCGUCACGGUCCGGUGGCAGUCGGACGAGCUUUAGAGACUGGGCCAAGUUGAGGUACAUGGGCGAGGACAUCGAUGGCUUCAGACGGUUAUUGGCUGGGUAUAAGUUGACCAUUAAUAUUGCCCUCACCGACGCAAACCUUCGCAAAUCCUCCGUCACCGCCGAAAGCCUCGAAAGUUACAAAGAUCUUAUCCAGAUUGCCACUACUGAUCUCGAGGCACAUCUUGAAAGCAUUGAUGAAAAGCUGGAGAUCAUUUUUAAGCAAACUAUGACAGAAUCCGACGCGGAUGCAACGGAAGUACGACUCAUAAAGGAGGAACAAUUAAGCACGCAAAGAUGUCUGCAAAUCUGUGCCCAGUUGUCCGACCAUAUUAAUCAGAUUCAGCUCACGCCCAAGCGCAGUAGCAGCUCCCCCGGAAUAAUUGAUCCAAAUACCUUCCCUGAAAGAGUCACCAAUGUGGGCCUAGAGGAAUGUAAGAAUAGCCUCAUUCGUACGGCGGCAAAGUUGGAAAGGCAUAUACAAGAUUUAAUGGACCGACUAGUGACAAAAUCGAAGACAGCGAUGACUUCCGAGGAUGAUAUCGCCGAUUUAGCAAGGCUGCAGGAAGAAUGGGAGACGGCCCGCCAGUGUAGGGAUAUCUGCUCCAAGGCAGACAACCACUUAAAGGAAACCAUCAGUACUAUCGACAACUACGCUACGGGCGACGCCGUGCAAUUUAUGGUUUCGACCGACGGAAAUAUUAUACAUGGAACAAAUCGAGGGCUUGGGUGGAGAACGAGGCAGGUCGGAGGCCAUCUCAGUGAUCUCACCAUCCAACAAUUAUCACGGGAUAUGACAAGCAUUAGCAUCCGGAAUACCGGAAAUGAAGCACCACAUUCGGGUGGCGAUUCACCAUCCGUUCCAAAUGAUGGAGUGGGGAACAAGCCAAGUUCAGACUUUCGGGAACGGUAUGGGCGAGGUUUUAAGCUCACCUCUAAGUCUACCUCGGAUGCAACUACGUUUUCUAUGAGAUCAGCAGAAGGGACAAAAUAA